AUGUUGUAUUCUCUUUCUCCAACAUCUGAUAAAGCAGAGAUUAUUGGCUCACUGGGCUUCUCCCUGGAGCUGCUUGACGUGAUUCAUAGAAUAAAUUUCCUCCGCGAUAAUUUACCCCGCCGAACAUACACUACAGAGUUUGAUGAUCUGGAGGCCCAGCUGCUACGCUUGACUCAGCAUGCAAACAUAGAAAAGUUCAGCAAAGACCAGGAUCAGAUAGCCCGGAUCCUAAGCACAGCUGAGUUUUAUCGCAUAGCCGCCUUGAUUUACCUUCUUCGAGUGAUUCCUGGGCCUGAGAAUGCAAAGCGCAGAUCUUCUUACGUGAUUCAAGGCUUUGAAGUGUUGAGAUCAUUGCCUAUUUGUACCAGUCCCUGGCCCCUAUUCGUUCUGGCUUGUGAGACACAGUCAGAUGAACAAAGGAUUGAGAUUCUACACACUUUAGACCAGAUGGAUCAGAAUCGAAAAAUCGGCAACGUUUUUGUCAUCAGAAAUAUCAUCGAGACAUUAUGGAAACAGCAAGAUCUUCAAGCUGAUGUGGAUAACUCGAAGUUCAAGUGGUGGGAAACAGGGGCACUCAACAGCAACACGCCUUGGUUUAUCUGA